AUGAUAGGGGAGAAUGGUGAAGAAACGGAUGCAACGGUUCUAGUUUCGCGUGAGUUCGAGGAAUUGAUUGGCACUCAAGAUUUAAGUUGCAAACGGUUGUGCGAUCUGCCCGAUGCCAUUCUCCUACACGUCCUAGAUUUUCUACCAACGAGAGCUGCGUUGCAAACGAAUGUGUUGUCGAAAAGAUGGAGGCACUUGUCGAGGUCGAUUUCUAAUCUCGUCUUCGGUGAAGAAAGUAUCUUCGAGAAUUCGCGUUUUUUCAAAUUUGUGGAAGGAGCAUUGGCGUUUCGUGACUUGUCUCCUUUGAAAGUUUUUUCCCUUUCAUUUUACGUGGCUGUUGAGGACCAGUCUCGCGUAAAUACUUGGAUCGAUUCUGCGAUAAGACGCAAAGUUCAGGAGCUUCGCUUGAGGCUCCGGGUACAAACUCAUCCUCCUCUUGAGUAUACCUUGCCCUGUUGUAUAUUCAGGUGUGAAACAAUGGUAGAGUUCCAUAUUGGAUGCCUUCAUAAUUUCAGAGUUCCUUCUUUAGUCUGUCUUCCAAAUCUGAAGGUCUUAACUCUAGAUGACGUUGGAUUUGGGGAUUCAUUGGAGAAGCUGCUUUCACUUCCUUCCCUCGAGGAGGUGUCUCUUAAAGCUUGCAGGUUCCACGAAAUCAAGGUUUUGAAUAUUGGUGCUCCCAAUCUUUUGAAAUUCUUCAUGACUGACUUUCCUAAGGAUUUCAGUAGACGCGGCCAAGUACGGAUUCAUGGAGCUAGAAUCAAAUCCUUACAUUAUUUUGGUCCAUAUGACCGUAACCUUAACAUAUCAUGUCCAUCGUCGCUCGUUGAAGCUGUCAUUGUAGCAUUUCAAGCGCAGGAACAACCUGAUCAAUAUGCCAACCAUGUGUUUAAGCUCUUAAAGGAGCUUUCUAACAUAGAACAUCUCACUUUAUAUCUCGACCGCCUUCAGGUUAUGGAUGAGAGAAAAGAUCUCCUUGACUCUUGUCCGGUUUUUCUUAGCCUCACCCAGUUGAAGUGGUACAUCUCUCCAAUGUACUUAGGUCUUAGUGUACUUCAGAUCAUGCUCAGCCAAUGUCCUUGUCUGAGGAGUCUUGUGUUUGUGUUUUACGAGGGCUUGAUCAAGAACUCUAGAAUGGAUAGCUGGACGCUGGACCCAGUGCCUCGGUGUUUUCUGUCAUCGCUUAAAGAGAUCAGGAUUUGCUACUUCACCGCAGUUGAUACCGAACUCUUAGCUGUGAGAGUUUUCCUCGGGGCUGCUGAAGUUUUGGAGAAAUUGUUUAUACAUUGUUCUCGGGGUUAUAUGAAGAAAUUUCGAGGGUUGAUGAAGCGUUUGAUGAAACUUCCUCGGGCUUCAAAUCAAUGCUCAAUUUCGGUAGAUUUUAGGGAGAAAUGCAGUGCAUGCUCUUCUAAGGGUUUAUUUAGAUAAUCUAGCUGUCUUUGCUGAAAUUAGAACAUUUUCCUGAAGGAGGACAUCUAUCAUGUGGCUGUAGGUGAAAUCAUGCUCUCAUCACUGUUUCUCAAGUUCGCCAUUCUGGAAGACACGUGCACUGUUUCCGUCUUUUUCAUGACGUCAUCGAAAUAGAUCGGCCAUUCUUCAGACAUAGGCUACAUAAAACAAGAAUGUUAAUAUGAUGGAUCAUUGAUACCAAGUAUCAUUUCAAUGUUGUGGCGAUCGCCAAGUUAUUUAUUGCUUUGAUCAAAACCUUUGGCCUUUGAAUUAUGGAAUUUGUUCAUAUUAUGGACGUGUUUAUUUAGCUAAAUGAUGAGGUAAAGCUUG